GGACCAAAACCUUGCAAAGUAAAGUAGUCCGAAUUCCAAAGUAGAACAAUUUAAAAUGGGAUAAGGAACAAACAUUCCCAACAAGUCAAUGAAUGUUGUAGGGAGAAUUGUUCGUAGAGUUUCAUUAUCGAAUGCCCGUAUAAAUAAGGAUAGAGUAAAAUUUAUAAAGGCAUCAAUUUUCUCUUGGUUGGGAGCCAGAAAGAAGAAAACAAUAAAGCGGUUACUCUGCGCUAUGGCUUCGAAACGGAUCCUGAAGGAGCUCAAGGAUCUGCAGAAAGAUCCUCCUUCCUCCUGCAGCGCUGGACCCGUUGGUGAAGACAUGUUUCAUUGGCAAGCCACCAUAAUGGGUCCCCCAGACAGUCCUUAUGCAGGGGGUGUUUUUCUGGUUACUAUUCAUUUCCCUCCUGAUUAUCCCUUCAAACCCCCGAAGGUGGCUUUUAGGACAAAAGUUUUUCAUCCUAAUAUCAAUAGCAAUGGUAGCAUCUGCCUUGAUAUCCUGAAAGAGCAGUGGAGCCCUGCCUUGACAAUCUCCAAGGUGUUGCUCUCAAUAUGUUCACUUUUAACUGAUCCAAACCCUGAUGAUCCCUUGGUCCCGGAGAUCGCUCAUAUGUACAAGACAGACAGGAGCAAGUAUGAAACAACUGCCAGGAGCUGGACCCAGAAGUAUGCAAUGGGUUAACUUGACUAUUGCCUGCUUGCAUUUGUGCUGAAAUUUGUCCUGUCAACCAUUGCAAUGGACGACUGUAGAAAUAUUAUUACCCUUCAAAUGAAAAUGUUGCAUUAAACUUCUUUUGUUAAUACUAUUUUAUUGGUGGAAAACUGAAAAUGUUUGUUUAUGUGGAGUAAUUAUUAUUGACUCUUUAUGGGUCUGUUUGCAACAGCUUCUGCUUUUAAAAAAGUGCUUUUUUUAAUGAAAUGGGGAG